GCACCUACAGAAACAGACAGGCUUCUUCCCUUCUGCUCUUCACAGUGGCGGAAUCCAGAGACGCCAUUAAAUUCAAUUUUGUAAAAUGAAUCUGAAGUCCGCUCCCACCAUCGCUGACACCAUUCCUGUCUCUCUCUCUCUCUCGCUCUUUCUCUAUGUAGCAUGCUCUUGUGGAGUUCUCUGUGGGGGCAGAGUCUCUGCGUAGUACGCUCUUGUGGAGUUCUGGAGCAGGGGAGAGAGAGGAAAUUGAAGAAUGUUAGAAAGGGAUUAAUUAAUAGGGAAGAGGAAGACGAAGAAGUGGCCGCGAAACUAGGAGAAGGGGAAGAGGCUCUGAAAGGUCUAUGGGAAGAGGAUUCAGGCUCAUCUUUGCCGCUUCUCUGCUCCUCAUGCUUCUCGGAAUAGCUCUCGGAUGAGUUGGCUAAAGGCUUGUCAAAGUUGGUUGUUGGCCUCUGGAAGUCGACUUUUGGUUUCAAGAAGUUGACUUUCAGUCCGAACAUUGGAAUUUCAACAACCAGAAUUUAAACCAAUGUGUCUUUUAUUUCAAGGGGCAUGUCUUUAUAUUGGAGGGACGUGACUUCUCCAAUGCAUAAGACUAUUCCUAACAGUCAUGAUCUUUCAAAUAAAUUAUGCUCUUUAAUUUAUGUCGUGUCUAUUGGUAGCACCCAUUCUAUGUCUAUAAAUAGUGUGGACAUUUGGUGUGCAAGAAUAGAUACUUCAAGCCAUCUAUUCUUCUUCAUUCAUUUGCCAUUAUCUAUCUCUCUAUUUACUCUCUAUUCUCUCAUUGUUGGGUUGAGUUCUUGAUUGUAGAAGAAAUCAAAAAGUGCAAUUUUGAUUUCUUAAAAUUAGGCAUUGUAUCCUGGGGGUAGAAUUUCUAUCAACCAUUUGCACCUAAGUGGGGAAAUUACUAUCCUAAAGAUAGUUUCCUGGAAAUGCCUUGCUUAACAUAUUCCACUCUUAUUUUGUUGUUCCUCUAUUGUUUUUUUAUAAUUUUCCUUAAUUCCUACAAGUUUAGGAUAGUAAUAUUCUUAUGGAGUCUUCUUGCAAGCCACAAGUUCAAGAGGUGGAAAGACUAGAGAAAUUCAAUGGAAUGAACUACAAGCGUUGGAGCAUGAAGAUCAUGUACCAAUUGACCGUGGCCAGAGUCCUAUAUGUCCUAACAUGUCCAUAUCCACAAGAUGGGAGCAAUGAAGGGUCACUCACUCCUGCACAACACAAAUGGGUGGAAGAUGACUUUGUGUGUUGUUCUAUGAUCCUCAAUGCCAUGAGCAAUGCACUCUUCAACGUCUUUCACAAAUGUUUCCCUGCCUAUGAAUUAUGGGCUGCUAUUGAGAGGAGAUAUUUCCAAGGGAAGCAGAAUUGGAGUGUGCUAUGGAAGAAAUGCUGAUGAUAUCCCAACACCUGAUAAGGUAGCACAGCUGGUUCAACUUCACAAGAUUAGGCAUGUGAGGAUAUAUGACUCUAAUAACCAGGUUCUCAAGGCAUUUGCGAACACUGGAGUUCAACUCAUGAUAGGGAUUCCAAAUUCAGACUUGUUGCCAUUCUCCCAGUUCCAAUCCUAUGCUGACACCUGGCUGAGGAACACUGUCCUUCCCUACUACCCUGCCACGAAGGUCACAUACAUAACUGUGGGCACUGAAGUUACAGAAGCACCCAGUAAUGUCUCUGCCUUAGUGGUACCUGCCAUGCAAAAAAUUUUCACAGCUCUAAGAAAAACUGGUUUGCAGGGGAAGAUUAAAGUUUCAAGUACCCAUUCUCUUGGUGUUUUAUCUCGAUCCUUCCCACCCUCUGCAGGGGCUUUUAAUAGCAGUCACGCAUUCUUUCUAAGACCUAUGUUGGAAUUUCUAGCUGAGAACAGGUCACCAUUCAUGGUUGACGUAUAUCCAUACUAUUCUUAUAGGGAUUCUCCUAAAAAUGUGUCGCUAGAUUAUGCUCUAUUUAAGUCAUCAUCGGAAGUUAUUGAUCCAAAUACAGGUUUGCUCUACAACAAUUUGUUUGAUGCACAGAUUGAUGCGGUUUAUUAUGCUCUGAUGGCUCUCAACUUCAGAACAAUUAGGAUUAUGGUUACUGAGACAGGGUGGCCCUCAAAAGGGUCAAGCAAAGAGACAGCUGCAACUCCGGAUAAUGCUCAGACUUACAACACCAAUCUGAUUCGUCAUGUCAUCAAUGACACUGGUACUCCUGCAAAACCUGGACAGGAAUUGGAUGUUUAUAUUUUUUCAUUGUUCAAUGAGAACAGGAAUCCUGGAAUGGAAUCUGAGAGGAACUGGGGGCUAUUCUAUCCAGACCAAACAAGUGUGUAUAGCCUUGAUUUCACUGGAAGAGGUGCUGUGGAUAUGACUACGCAAGCAAAUAUUACCAGUUCAAAUGGAACAUGGUGUAUUGCUUCUUCUACAGCUUCUAAAGCUGAUUUACAAAAUGCCCUAGAUUGGGCUUGUGGUUCUGGGAAUGUGGACUGUUCUGCUAUUCAGCCCAGUCAGCCUUGUUUUGAGCCGGAUAAUCUAGUUUCCCAUGCAUCAUAUGCAUUCAACAGUUAUUACGAGCAAAAUGGAGCUACUGAUAUUGCUUGCAGUUUUGGAGGUUCAGGGGUUAAAACAAAUAAGAAUCCAAGCUAUGACAAGUGCCUGUACAUGACAGCUGGGAGCAACAAAACUGCUGCAAGUAACACAACAGCAACACCUUCGAUUUCUUCCUCUGUUCAACUGGGAUUCUCUCUGUGGAUUUGCAGUUGCCUUCUUUUCAUCUUCUUACUAUUGUUCUGAGUCUUGACAAUGCAUGAGAGGACCAAAAACCUAUAUUUGCCAGUUGUUUACCUAUUUGACAAAAGCAAGAGAUGUUACUCCAAGAUGUUAAUAGAAAUCUCAAGAGCUGCCCGACCAAGGAUGCGUCAAUUCUGUGGUAAUAUUAGUAUCUUGUUUCGUAAAACAUUAGUUGGUGCACAGUUAUAAGCUGCAUUUACGGGACAAGCCCCGUAAAUAGCGUAAUUUGCAUUAAUUACUUUAUUCUUGUUUGCAAAUAUAUUAUACUUGCUGUGGUUGGCCACUUAAGUAGUUGUCAAUCACCACCUAGUACCUGUAAGGCUCCUGAAGUGUAAGUUGUAUGUUCCAAGAAAUGAGUUUUGUCCAACUUUUGGUCAAAGUCCAGUAUUAGAAACUUCCACUUGAUAAGCACACAACCUUGAAAUAAUUGCAGCAAAUUUUGGGAUGUAGAAAGAUAUGUUAUAGGUGAUACAUCUUACUUCUUUUGAACUCUAAAUGUCAUGUUCUUAGAAAUCUUUGUGAAUCUAAUAAAUGGCAUUUAUGCAGUA